AUGCGUCUCUCUGUCCUCCUCGCUAUCCUUCCAGCCGUCUUGGCUGCCCCUGCCACUCGAUCUGUCCCUGCUCCUCUUGUGAGGCUUAAUGAGAGGGCUGAUGUUGUAGCUAACAAGUACAUUGUUAAGUUCAAGGAUAACAGCGCCCUUGCCUCACUGGAUAGUGCUCUGAGCACUAUUUCCGUGGCUCCCGAGUACACAUUCGAGCAUGUAUUCAAGGGAUUCUCUGGGGAACUUAGCCAGGAAGCUCUAGAUGCUCUUCGAAACCACCCAGAUGUUGACUUCAUCGAGGAGGAUUCCUAUGUUUAUCUAGAUGGCUUCCUUGAGCAAUCUAACGCUGCCUGGGGUCUUGGAAGAAUUUCCCACCGUGCCAAGGGCUCUACCACAUACGUUUAUGACGAGACCGCAGGCGAGGGAACUUGUGCCUACAUUAUUGACACCGGCAUUGAUGUAACCCACACGGACUUUGAAGGCCGCGCUACCUUUGCAGUCAACUAUGGAGAUUCAAACAACAUUGACGGCCAUGGACAUGGAACUCACGUUGCUGGCACCAUUGGGUCCAAAACCUACGGAAUCGCCAAGAAGACCAGCCUCUUCGCCGUCAAGGUUCUGGACAACAAUGGCAGCGGCACGGUCGCUAACAUGAUCCGCGGCCUUGAGUUUGUUGUUUCCGACGUGCCCACGCGUGGCUGCCCCAACGGUGCUGUCGCCAACAUGUCACUUCGAUCCUCUGUGUCAGCUGCUCUCAAUGCUGCAGCGGCAGCCCUCCCAUCAAACGAUAUCUUCCUUGCUGUCUCGGCAGGCAACAGCAACAUCGACUCCUCUAACCAGUCUCCCGCCGCUGAGCCCACUGUGUGCACAAUUGGAGCCACGGACUCUGCCGAUGUCAAGUCCAGCUUCUCCAACUACGGACCGGGAGUUGACGUAUUUGCUCCGGGUACCAGUGUCCUGUCAUUGGCCCCUGGCAACUUGACGGCUACCAUGUCCGGAACCUCAAUGGCCUCCCCCCACGCGGCAGGCCUCGCUGCCUACUUGGGUGGUCUUGAAGGACUCAAGGGAGACGCUCUCUGUGAGCGUAUCAAGGAACUUGCUUCGGUUGGCCUCCUUACUGGACUUCCCAGCGGUACUAGCAACAGACUUGCUUUCAAUGGAAACCCGGGCGUUUAA